UUGACCUAUUCUUAUGCAGAAGGGGCGAUUUCAUUUGGAGUAAUACGAGGUAUUUACUUGAAAAUGGAGGUGCAUCAACCUGCUGCAACGCACGGCAUAGACCAAGAACAAGAGCUCUAUAGUCGUAUCCUCAGGGCAUCGAAAGCAGGGAACGUGGAGGCGUUGCGACGCGCUUUGGAUGCGGAGCCUGGUAAGGUUGACACACCUGAUAGCAAUGGAAUGUCACCACUCUUCUUAGCUGUGAAGGAGGGUAGUCUACCAUGUGUGAAACUUCUCGUCUCGAAACAAGCUGACGUGAAUAUGAAGGAUAGGUCGACCCAAAUCGGUGCGACGGAGUUAGAUGAAUCAUGGGCUCUGGUAGACUACCAGUGGUCUUUGUCGCCAUUUCUUCUCGCCUGUCGGCUCGGUCACCAGUCCAUAGUCGAGUUCUUGUUCUACAAUGGUGCAGACGUGUGUCAGACCAGUGCUGAAGACGACUUGAAUUGCUUGUCCUUAGCCAUCAUGUAUAGUCGCGAGGAAACUGCCAGGUUCCUUGUGACACAUACGACGUACGAAACUCUCUUGUUCUUGAUGAAGACAGUGUCACGUGACCUGACUUUGGGACGUCAGUCUGAAAGAAUCUCGACGCCAAUGAGACAGUUGAUACAGUAUAUGCCCGAUGUAGCAGAGAUUGUAAUGGACAGAUGCAUCACGCUGAAUGCAAAUCGUGAUGAGGUUACUUGCUAUCUGGAACUUUUGGACGACUUCUGCUCCCCUUGGGCUCGGCAAAACAAAGCUGAAAACAGAUAA